AUAUUACUACAUGUCGAACCUAAUAUGUGUUUUGUAUGUGAUAUAAUCACAAUGACUACUUACUUAUAUUGUUAAAAUUUGUAAAAAAGCUUAUGAGCAUUUUCAUUGGUUAAUGUAUGUUUUAUGAUACUGUAUUAUUUUGCUGAAAUGGUGCUAGAAUAUAUACAGCUACGUCACGCAUUGAAAACAAUUUUCAGUUUUUUUCGUUAAAUUUAACUUAAUAAUAAUUGUCUAAAUGCGUAAUUGAAUUAGUGUUAUAAAAAAGAUCUGACACUUGUCAAUUCAUAUGAUUAUUGAUUAAACUCAUCAAGGAAAUAUGUAGGUAAGCUCACCAAAGGUUUAAGGGGUUUAAUGCAUGUGCAUAAAGUAUUUCCCAGAUUAGCCUGUGGAGUCCACACAGGCUAAUCAGAAACAACACUUUCAGCUUUUAUGAUAUUUUUCAUUUCAAGAAAGUCUCUUCUUUGCAAAAAUCAAGUUUAGGCGGAAAGUGUUGUUAUGCCCCCCUUCGAAGAAGAGGGGGUAUAUUGCUUUGCUCAUGUUGGUAGGUCGGUCGGUCCGUCCGUCCACCAGGUGGUUGUCAGACGAUGACUCAAGAACGCUUGGGCCUAGGAUCAUGAAACUUCAUAGGUACAUUGAUCAUGACUUGCAGAUGACCCCUAUUGAUUUUGAGGUCACUAGGUCAAAGGUCAAGGUCAGGGUGACCCGAAAUAGUAAAAUGGUUUCCGGAUGAUAACUCAAGAACGCAUACGCCUAGGAUCAUGAAACUUCAUAGGUAGAUAGAUCAUGACUCUCAGAUGACCCCUAUUAAUUUUGAGGUCACUAGGUCAAAGGUCAAGGUCACGGUGACCCGAAAUAGUAAAAUGGUUUCCGGACGAUAACUCAAGAACGCAUACGCCUAGGAUCAUGAAACUUCAUAGGUAGAUUGAUCAUGACUCGCAGAUGACCCCUAUUGAUUUUGAGGUCACUAUGUCAAAGGUCGAGGUCAUGGUGAUCCGAAAUAGUAAAAUGGUUUCCGGAUGAUAACUCAAGAACGCAUACGCCUAGGAUCAUGAAACUCCAUGGUUAGAUAGAUCAUGACUCGCAGAUGACCCUAUUGAUUUUGAGGUCACUAGGUCAAAGGUCAUGGUCACGGUGACCCAAAAUAGUUAAAUGGUUUUUUGAUGAUAACUCAAUAACGCAUACGCCUAGGAUCAUGAAACUUCAUAGGAAGAUUGAUCAUGACUCGCAGAUGACCCCUAUUGAUUUUGAGGUCACUAGGUCAAAGGUCAAGGUCACGGUGACCCGAAAUGUUAUAAUGAUUUUCGGAUGAUAACUCAAGAACGCAUAUUCCUAGGAUCAUGAAACUUCAUAGGUAGAUUGAUCAUGACUCGCAGAUGACCCCUGAAGAUUUUGAGGUCAUUAGGUCAAAGGUCAACGUCACGGUGACCCGAAAUAGUAAAAUGGUUUUCGGAUGAUAACUCAAGAACGCAUACGCCUAGGAUCAUGAAACUUCAUGGGAAGAUUGAUCAUGACUUGCAAAUGAGCCCUAUUGAUUUUGAGGUCACUAGGUCAAAGGUCAAGGUCACGGUGACCCGAAAUAGUUAAAUGGUUUCUGGAUGAUAACUCGAGAACCCUUACGCCUAGGAUCAUGAAACUUCAUAGGUACAUUGAUCAUGACUCGCAGUUGGCCGAUAUUGAUUUUCAGGUCACUAGGUCAAAGGUCAAGGUCACGGUGACCCGAAACAGUAAAAUUGUUUCCGGAUGAUACUCAAGAACGCUUUUGCCUAGGAUCAUGACACUUCAUAGGUACAUUGAUCAUGACUCCCAGAUGACCCCUAUUGAUUUUCAGGUCAUUAGGUCAAAGAUCAAGGUCACAGUGACAAAAAACGUAUUCACACAAUGGCUGCCACUACAGCGGACAGCCCAUAUGGGGGGCAUGCAUGUUUUACAAACAGCCCUUGUUUAUAAAUGUCUUCAUUUUGGAUGAGACCAUUUUCGAAAAGUCUAAUUUUGCUUGUGUUUGCUUUGUAUUUUCAGUUACUUGCAGCCUCCAUUACCUAGCAGCCACAAGUUCAAAUUUGACCUUGACAUUGAUCAAACUGUCCUUGACCUUUUCCUGCCUGCCGGAACAUUUAAUGAGACUGGCAUGUAUUACAUUGGCAUUGUUGACUCGGCAUUCAACGCAGGACGAAUACGUCCAGGGGAGGUCACUCACUACAACUACACGUUACAAUUGUGGUGGGGCCAGUGCCUGUAUUGGCAUGUUGCCAAGGAGAUGUGGCUGCCUGACGGCUGUUCCAUUACUCCCAUGUCAACAAUUGCUGUGACCAGAUGCAGCUGUAACCACUUGACUGCAUAUGGUGGAACAGUUGAACUCAUACCAAAUAAAUUGUCAUUUGCAGACAUAGAGGGAUUCUUUAGACCCAACGAGAACCCAGUGACAUUAAGCCUGCUGUGCGUGGUGAUCACCGUAUACUGCAUCCUUCUAAACUACUGUCGUCAGGCGGAUCGCCAUGACAACCAGAAGGGGGGCAUCGUGUAUCUGCUUGACAACACGCCAAUGGACCAACAGAAGUAUGAGAUCACCAUGGAAACAGGCUGCUGGAGACAUGCUGGAACCACGUCAAAGAUAAGUCUUAUUUUGCAUGGAGAGGAAGGCAUGUCUGAAACAAGGGAGCUAAUCAGCGAGGAUGAUCGUCCCAUGUUCGAGAGAAACUCACGAGACAAGUUCAUACUAACGUUACCAGACAGUAUUGGCAAGAUUUGGAAAGUACAGAUUUGGCAUAACAACUUUGGUCCUUCACCCAGCUGGUACCUCUCCAGGGUGAUUGUCCGUGACUUGAAUACCGGUAUGUAAAACCUGGGCCAUAUUCACCAAGGGUGAUUGUCCAUGACUUGAAUACCAGUAUGUAAAGUUUCGGCCAUAUUCACCAACGCAUUCUUAAACUAAAAACAAAGUAUACACUUCAAACCAAGAAAAAUAUGUCCAGCUUUUGAAUAUGUACAGGCUAACAAUGGUUAUGUCAUUAACAAAAUGUUCUACAUGAUGAAUGAAGUAUUGAGAGGGGUUGAAUGCCAAGUAUAACGCAAAGUUAAAGAAGUUAUUAAAUUUUCCAAUUUAAAUAGUAUGCUUUAUUCUUAGGCUUAAAAAAAAGACUUAGUUUGUAUAUAUGGGCUGUAAGUUUCUAUACUGAUGAAUUUUUUGGCCCUUUUAAUUCUUUCAUUACAUUUGAAUAGCAUUGGAAAAGCAUAUGUUUUAGAUCAAGUUUUAACUUUGCUGUUUUGUUAAGUUAUUGGGCUGUCACCAUGACUGUAGGUGAAGGACAGAAAUUUUCAUGAGGGGCGUUUCUUGCAUUUGGUAAAAGUAUGCUUAGAACACGCCCCAUGGAUGCAAAAAGGUACCAUGUGACAUUGAAAUUAGAAGUCACAUUGUAGCUUUUUCCACCAAAGAGACAAACAGUAUUUUGUUCCCCUGCGCUUUGUUAGGCCAUCAGAAGAAACUUGUUCCUGUCAUUAUCAUAGCCUACAAUUAAUCUUUGUCAAGGCUAUGU